UUCGAAUUGGCUCAUCACCGCUUGGACGGUCGCGACGUCAUCGACCGCGAGUACUACGCCCUCAAGGAGUCCCAGUUCAAGCAGGUCUUCAGCGACAUGGACUUCCUGGGCUGGUAUUCGACCGGCGAGGCGCCCGGACCCGCCGAGAUCGAUAUCCAGCGGCAGAUCUGUGAGAUCAAUGAGAGUCCGCUGUUCCUCCAGCUCCACCCCGCCGCCCGACACACCGACCUGCCCGUGGCCAUUUAUGAGUCGGUGGUAGAUUUGGUGGGCGGUCAGGCCCGCCUCUUGUUCGUGCCACUCACCUACAGUUUGCAGACCGAGGAGGCCGAACGGAUCGGGCUGGAUCACGUGGCGCGGAUCUCGGGGGCGGUGGACGAUGGCCACUCCCAGGUGGACGAGCACGUCAUGGUCCAGCACAGUGCCAUCAAGAUGCUGGCGUCGCGCGUGCAAGUGAUUUUACGCUACGUGCGCGAGGUCCACGCCGGGGCCUUGCCUUUCAAUCACGACGUCAUGCGGGAAGCCAAGGCCUUGGCCGAUCGACUGCCCGUGCUUGAAAGCGCUCGCUUUCAGCCCGAAUUCUACACCCAAUGUAACGACGCCGCUCUCCUCACCUACUUGGGCACUAUCAUGAAGAGCUGCAACCAUCUCAAUCAGUUCAUCAAGAAAUUUAACGUGUUAUAUCAACGCCAAGGUGGGCACGGCCGAAGAUUGCGCGGAAUGUUCUUUUAGCGACCAGUGCACCCCCCGCCCCCCCUCCCCCUGGGAAGCCGCUCGAUGUUCCUUUCUCGAUGCCGGACCUGAAACAGCGCCUUUGGGGUCAUGUCAUUUCUACGGCUCGUCUCUGCCUUUGAAAGAAUACGAAGACGCCUCAUCAUCGGUGACAAUGGCGUCAAUAAACUCUUGUCUUAAAAACCCAACUGUUCUGGCUAGAACAAUUUUAAUAAAAACUCAGUUCGAAA